GCAGCGAAGAGCUCUUCCUCCUGUACCAUGUUUGCGUCGCGUGUGCUGCGGAUGGCGGUGACCAAGACCUCCACGGGUCUCGUGGGUCUCAAGGUGAACCCGAACGCCCGCCAGGACCUCAUCAAGAUCUACCGCCGGACGCUCGAGGAGGUUAAGAUUCUGCCGCCGGAGGCCAAGAACUACCGCAACGCCGUGGAGCAGAUCACCAACUUCCGUCUGAAUGUGGUGGAGUCCAACGAGGAGGAGGACGUGAUUGAGCGCAAGAUCAACUGCGGUCAGCUGGAGGAGCUGAUCGAGCAGGCCGAGGACGAGCUGAGCGUCAUCCCCGUCUACCUUGAGCACAAGCUGUGGGAGAGCCCCAUUGAGGCCGCCAAGUAAGCGUGCUGGUGUGGCAGCGUGCGCGGAGUUGCAUUGACCUGAAACAAUAAGCAGCACGGACCCAAGUAAAUACACAGCUACUGAAAAAAAC